AUGGCCGCCCCAGCAGUCGAAGCCACCACUCCUCAAACAAGACCCGAGGAGCCCAUCACCAGCCCCUCCCACCUCGACGGCGUGGCCUAUCUCUACGGCCACCCACUCCUCAACUCGCUCUCCCCACCCCUCCACCAAACCGUCUACAAUGCCCUGGGCCUGAACUGGCAGCAAAUCCCGCUGUCCAGCGUAACCGGCACCUCAGCCACCUACCCACCACCCUACACCCUCUCGCCGCCCAUCAACACCUUCCUCGCGUCUAUCAAGGCCAACCCCAAAUUCGUCGGCUCCUCCGUCACAAUGCCCCACAAGGUCGCCAUCAUGCCUCACCUGGACGAUCUAACCGAGCACGCCCGCCAGGCUGGUGCUUGCAACACGAUCUUCCUCCGCGAGGAUCCCGUCACCGGAAAGACCCAGUACGUCGGUACUAACACCGACUGCGAUGGUAUCCGCGAAGCGUUGAUCCAGAACGCGCCCGAUGCGUCGCGGUUCCGUGGCCGUCCGGCUUUGAUCAUCGGUGGUGGUGGUACCGCCCGCACGGCGAUUUACGUGAUGCGUCGCUGGCUCGGAUCUAGCAAGAUUUACAUUGUUAACCGUGAUGCCGCCGAGGUCGCGACGAUCAUGGAGGAGGAUCGCGCCCGCAACCCGGAUCCUACUGCCCAGGCUCCCCUUGUGCACGUUACAGACCCCGCGGAGGCUGCUCGUCUCGAGGCCCCCGCUGCCAUCGUCUCUGGUAUCCCGAACUACCCGCCCAAGACGGCGGAGGAGUUGAAUGCCCGCGCUGUUAUCCAGGCGUUCCUGGGUACGGAGGCGGAAGCGGCGAAGCAGCAGGGUGUUAUCCUGGAGAUGUGCUACCACCCCGUUCCUUGGACGGAGAUUGCCCAGCUUGCGUCGGCUGGUGGGUGGAAGGUCAUCCUUGGUUCUGAGGCGCUGAUUUGGCAGGGUCUUGAGCAGGCCCGUCUUUGGACGGGUAAGGAUGUUAUUGGUACACCUGGUGUUGUUGAUGCUGUCAAGGCUGUUGUUAACGGCUCUGUUGCUGAGCGGGCGGCUCAAGCCAAGAAGACCUCCAGCUUGUAA